AUGAAUUCGAAAGGGAUGCUUUUAAGGUUGUUGCGGCUGGGUUUAUUAAGCUUACUUUUCGUUCACCAAACAAGGCCAGCGUUGUCUAUCAUUGAGGAAUCGGUGAAGGAAUUAAUUGUGGAAAGACCAGCUAGGACUUACGAUUCAUUUACGGUUAACAUGAAACCCAACCGUACCUGCGGAGUAUUUGGAAGUGAUCGUGACACUUUUUGCAACACGCUGGGGGCAAUUCUAUUAGAGUACACAUUAGAUCGUAGCUCUUGCAAAUGCCAAUGCUUGAUCUACCAGCCCUUUACCUUUCUGUCUUCAAUACAGAGGUGCGCUAAUACAAACCAAGUACGCGACUUUGGAGGUGAGCUUAUUUAGCAUACAUCAUAUUAGCAUUCAUGAGGCCCUGUUGGUGGGGGUGCCCAUGUCCCCUGUCUGAAUUUCACAGCCAGCUAUGUCGCAAUUUCGGAACAUUUUCGUGUCGCCUGUCGGAAUUUGUAUAGGUAAUAGCAUGAUUUGUAGUGGUAUUUGGCAUAUAUACCACGAGUGAUAUUUCGAAACUGUUAUACGUAAUUUCACGAGCCGUUAGGCGAGUGAAAUUUGAGUUAAUUUUGAAAUAUCACGAGUGGUAUUUAUGCCAAAUAUCACGUACAAAUCAUGCUAUUAUUUGUUUAUACUACUACCCGCAAGAGGUUUGUAAUUUUCACAUGUAGGUAUUUCAAAUUAAGCUGAAAUACCACUGCUCUAAGCCAAUCAAAUUGCAGAAAUUUCUCAUGUAGUAGUAUAACAAUAAUAAUUUUUUAGCUCGUUUCCAGUCUGACAAUCCGCAUUCGCUGCAACAACGCCAACGGAACAUACGGCCUCUAUCUUUAGUACUUUUAAGCCCAGGGUUUUAAGACCUUUGUAAAUGUUCGAGAUUCAUUCUNUCCCCUGUCUGAAUUUCACAGCCAGCUAUGUCGCAAUUUCGGAACAUUUUCGUGUCGCCUGUCGGAAUUUGUAUAGGUAAUAGCAUGAUUUGUAGUGGUAUUUGGCAUAUAUACCACGAGUGAUAUUUCGAAACUGUUAUACGUAAUUUCACGAGCCGUUAGGCGAGUGAAAUUUGAGUUAAUUUUGAAAUAUCACGAGUGGUAUUUAUGCCAAAUAUCACGUACAAAUCAUGCUAUUAUUUGUUUAUACUACUACCCGCAAGAGGUUUGUAAUUUUCACAUGUAGGUAUUUCAAAUUAAGCUGAAAUACCACUGCUCUAAGCCAAUCAAAUUGCAGAAAUUUCUCAUGUAGUAGUAUAACAAUAAUAAUUUUUUAGCUCGUUUCCAGUCUGACAAUCCGCAUUCGCUGCAACAACGCCAACGGAACAUACGGCCUCUAUCUUUAGUACUUUUAAGCCCAGGGUUUUAAGACCUUUGUAAAUGUUCGAGAUUCAUUCUGACUUCUUGGAAUAGUAAUUGAAGUUAAUAAAAUUCCAUUUAGUAAACUAUACAAGUGUAGAGAUAUUUUAAAAUGGCUUGGCGUGAAUCGAUAAUCUGGCAAAACACUCGAGCUAUCAUAACGUUUCUAAAAUUCUGGUAGUGCAAGAGUCUAAUGUUUCUUCCGAGUUAAACUCUGAUUUAGUUGUCAGACUGUGCUUUCCCGUAACUAUAACAACCCAGGAGGAAGGACAUUAUCAACCAUUCAUUAUCUGUAAGGCAUGCGUUUACAAGAAGUCUGUGAAAAAUGAACUAAAGGUCCAGCCGAUUUGGGCGGAUGACAGUUCUCCCGGAUGUUGUGCGAAGUGGCAUUCCUCCAGAGACGACGUCUGCUGGGUUUUCAUCAUCAUCAGAGUUGAGGUCCUGUCCUCUUCACCGCCUUCUUUGGCUGGCAAAAGGUCUUGCACGUCAUUUUGGUAUCGAAGAAAUGUCUCGUAUUAUACCUCCGUCAAUUUCACAAAAUUGCACCCUUUUUCAAAAUGCUCUUCCCCCACUUUACUGACGAUAGCAUCUCCGUGGAUUCGUACGCUUUCAUUCAAAGUAAACAACAGACAGUCUUCAAAAAAAUGAAGAAACAAACAACUCAAUAUCACAAAAAGAAUUCUCUUCCUUGUCGGUGGCAUCAGCUACGAUAAUUCCAACAAAGAAGGGUCCCCUGUUCGGGUAUCCACGUAUGUGGUCGCGCUUGACGAGCACAACACUGUUGGCCUCAAAUAAAAUGGCUCAUCUGACAACUUCCUGCUCAAUCUCUGUGACCACUAUUUCUCUAGCUGUAAGCUAAGGUCGUCUGUGGUGGAAAAAUCUAAUGGUCUUGGAGGCUGAUCUGGUGUUGCGUAUGCGAACAAUGGAAGUGUACCUACAUUGUCCUUGGUACUUUGAUUUUGAACGGUCAGUUGACGGACCGGUUUACCAGAGCUGUCCCUCCAGUCUCUCAUCAACCUCUGGUCAUCUUUUGCCAUUUCUACUGACAAUGGAACAGACAAAGAAGGCAGGUCUCGAAUCGGGAGUUUCAUCUUAUCUGGUACUUCAUAAUAAGAGUGUGGGGAAGUGUAGUAGACAAAGCCAAUGUCAGUGAGUUGCUUCAAUGACUCGCAAAUGGUGGGCGCAAAUACGGUGAAACCUGUAUUAAGCGGACACCGUAUUAAGCGGACACCCUCUAUUAAGCGGACAGUAGCCGAGGUCCCCAAAUUUAUUUCCCUUAUUUACUUUAAAUGAAGCCUUUAUUAAGCGGACACCUCUACUAAGCGGACGCGGACACCUAGAAAGUACCUGAAAUGGUCAUUUCUAUUGUUGCCAAUUAACCUGUAUUAAACGGACACUUGUAAUUAAAUUCCACCACCCAACAUGCCAGACACCGGAAAUGCGAAAGAUUCCCACACACAAAUGUUAAUAUUUUUACUUUAAAAAACGUCACUUGACGAACUUAUUUGAUUAGUUUCACAGUACAGUGUUGUUUUCUAUUUCGUUUUGUUUCUAUAGAGCUUGUUUCACUCAUCUGAGUUCUUCAAAUUUGAGUUGCAAUCUAUGGGUAUGGUACUAUCAUCUUUAAUAAAGAAAUUAAUGCAAACGUAUAUUGUCAUAGUCUCUGGGAGUAUUCUAAAUGCUUCCACUGUUCAUUUGAAUGGCAUUUGACACCUCAUAUGACAUUAUCUAUCAAAACCUGUAUUAGGCGGACACCUCUUAUUAAACAGACACUACAGCAUUCCCCAAGGGUGUUUGUUAAUACAGGUUUCACUGUAACUCGCUUACCAUUUGGAACACCGAGAUGAAAGCGAUCGAUAAAGAAAAAAAAACUCUCUAACAGAUUGAUGGAGCACGCACGUGGAUCAUGCAAUAAUGCAAGGAGGAGAACAUGAUACACAAAGCGGCAAAGUCCUCAAAGGGAGUGAUGCAUUGAACAUGUCAAUCAAAUGAAAUGAACAAUCAAAAUAGCAGUAAAAUGAGACGUAUUUCUGCUUGCCUUUAUUGGACCCUUAUUAGCCAUUAUUGAUCAUUAUUAAGUAAUUACUACCGAAUAGUGUACGCGCAAAUGUUCUGCAGGACAUUCACAAUUCUGUCAAUUCUCAAAUUCUCAAAAUUCUACAAAUUCGCUGUCAGACAGUCUUGACAUUGGUGUCGCUUUCGCUAAUUCGUUGCAAUAGUCUGUCGGUCGUCGCUAGUUCGUGGCUCUCAUGUCGCCAGGUUCAAGGCCAUGUCGCUUGUCGGAAUUUACCCCUAACAGGGCCUCAUUCAUCAGAUUGCAUCAUUAUCAUUGUGCUGUAGUCAGUUUUCGCAAAUAAAACACGGCAUAGUCAGGUCUCUUAGUGCAAAAUAUAGGCGGGAUCGUUACAGACAUGACAAGUGUCAAAUGUGGCACAACUGGAGCUUCCUUAGCACCUGCUGAUUAAUACUAGAGGGGGUGACCAUUAUAAACAGUCCUAAUUACAGAUAAAAAGGGGGGGGGAUUAACUGUUACCUAUAAUAGCUGAUUGGGUACCCUGUGGUGAGUACUCUUUUUGUUUGAUUUGGCUUAAAAAACAUUUGUUUCAAAUUUUUAAGUUUUUAAUUUGGUUAUGUUUAGUUGUUGUUACACUAUUAAUAUUCAAAAUAGUUUUACAUGUACACAAUACUGACUACUGCCCAGUCUCCACACGGUAUUAAAGUGUGGCCAUGUUCACUGUGCGGCUAUCAGCGUCACUGCUAUUAAAGACUUUCCAGGGAUAAUGUUAUCGCAUAUCAAUUUAAACAGAUCACAAAGCCAGCUUUCAAAGAUGAAAUACAAUAACAUAAAACCCAAACAUAUCACAUCCUACGCGAUAGAAUCCCAUCUUGGUCAUAAUUUCCCAAAUACAAGAAAAUAUCGUUAAAUUUUGACAUGCCACAUGAACAACCUCAUGAACUGUAACUGACAACACGCCCACUUUGUAAUUGUGCAGCUUAGAUUAGAUUGCUGGUAACCCUGUCCUUGAGAUAAUAGGAAAAUGCCAACCUCGUCCUUGGGGGGGGGGGGGGGGGGGGGGGGGGGGGGGGGAGUAGGGGUGGCACAGUUGGUUAGUGCACAGCCUUCGGUGCGCAAGGUCGCGAGUUGGAUCCCCAUUUGGAGAUGGUGACAAAAACGAACACAAAAAAGUCACAAAAUGAGAUGCAUGAAAUAAGCGCAAUCUUAUAUUCGUGUUACAGCGAUAUGGCUCCUUUGCCUGCUAUGCAGACGUUAUUGAAGAUGGAAGUAGUAUCACAGCUAGUCCUGGGUUAGGUAUACUGUUUAUUACCAGUUUCACGGUUCCUGAGAGUUAGGGCCUGUUAACAUAUAGGUGGGAGACCCCAGGUAGGUGAGGUAACCUGCUUAGGUGGGGUAAAAAAUAACCCUCCUUUACAUGCAAUCUUACAACCCCACCAUCCUGAGGUGCACUUUCUCAAGAUUAUUGAAUGGUCCCUAAGCACGUAAACAAUGUGCUUUCUAUUGUUACCUUUAAUAAUAAAUUAUGUGAAGCCACCGCCAAAGUGAAUUUUGUGCAAAUUUGAUGUAUCACGAAUCCGACCUCGACUAGCCUGGGUUACCCCACCUUGAAACAUUGACAUCAUGGCAAAAUUUGACCGGAGCUGUGCGGGGUACCCCGUCUAGCAGACCGGGCUACCCACCUUGAAGGGUAACUGUCAAAGCAUGCAUGUGCGUCCAGCAGAUAAAGAGAGACUGAAAGGCAUCCAGGCCUAUGUUGAGCUCGAAAAAUUAAUAUUACCUCCUUAUAUUAGGAAAGAACUAUUUUGGGUUCUGUCAUUUUGUUACUUGCUCUUCUUGAACAGCUGUCAUACACCUGCCAACCUUGUUACAUUUAUAGGCGUGACAUUUUUUAACUUAAGAAUGCCAAGAUUUUUUGUAGGGGUCCGAUAAUAUCCGCAGAUGUCCGAUUAAGGCGUUCCGAAGAGUUCCGAAGAUAUGACAAAGAGUUCUAACACGAACACAGGAACACAAAGGAACAUUGACUUCCCUACUUAAAAAAAGAGAAUUUGGAGAAAGUCAAUCAUUCACAUAGACUUCUCUUUUCUCUCUUUGGUUCUGGUUUGUUGAAACAAUUAAUAUAUUUUUCAAAAUGUGUCAGUUAAUGCUGUAAUGACUCAAACUUUUCUUCCAGGCAUGUCAACUCUUAUUUCUAACGGGAUAUUAUUUCACAAUUUAUGUGAAAUAGAAUACCCUGCCAGCAUGACGCUGGAACAUGAUUAGUGGCGGUGUUACGCAGACGUCCCUUUUCCGCGCGCAACAAAGGAAAUUGAAGACGUCUGCAUGCAGGCAACUUUUGAUCUCUGCUUCUUUUUUUUUCUUUAUAUCUUACUUUUACACAGUUUCCGCAAAAAGUUUUUAACCUCUUUUGCUGCUCAAAGCAGAGUAAUGGCUAAACAUUUCACAAAACAGCGAGUCUCUGAUCUCAUAACAAUGACACACAAUGACAUCUGUGUGAGGAUUUCUUGUAGCAAGGCAUUCUCAGGGAGUGACAUCUUAGAUGUAUCUGUACUCUAACAGAUCAUGUGCAAUGACCAAUCACAGCAUGCGUACGUAGCAUUCACAUCAUUGUAUAAAUGAGUAUAGAGACCAACUACCUCACUGUUGGUUGGGGCUUAUUUGGCAACUUUAAAACCGUUUUUUAGCUUAUUUCAUACAUUUUUAAUGACUUAAUUGUAGCUGCUACACUUUCCAAACUUACAUUUAUUUAGAACAUGUUUGUCCUUGGCUUUCAAAGUACUAUUGCUAGAUUAAUUUGUUAUCAUAAUUGCUUUUUUUUGUUCUCAUGAUCACUAACUACAAGAAAAAGAUUCCUUAUUAGCAAAUUAAAAAGUGCCUGGGAUUACUGUGUUGACAUGAGAUGAAAAUUAAAGUUGCCCACAAUUUAGCUGCUGGCCACCCCUGAGUCUAAGGGUGCAAAGAAUAUCAGACAGUUUUCCAGCCUUGGGCACUGCAUCUAGCACGUACUAGCCCAGAAUUCACUUCAACUACAGUUAACUCCCUAUAUAGCGGACACUGUAGGGACCUUAAAUUGAUCUGUAGCGAGAGUCCGUAGCGGAGUUUAUUUCAGUCAAAUGUCUGUAAUUUAUUUUUACCCGGAAUUUAUCUGCUGUCCGUAUUAUCGGGGUGUCCGUUAUAGCGGGGUGUCCGCAAGGCGAGAGUUGACUGUAGGCUGAAAAAAAUUUUAUCAAUCAUUGAUUGCUACGUACAGUGAAUACAUCUGUAAUUUGAAUUAAUGGCUCCCUCAGCAAGACAAUAUCACUUUUUAAUACCUGUCGAGCAAGUUAAGAACAGUCGAAUUCACUAGCCUGACAGCAAAAUCUACCAAAUUGGAACCACGAUAUAACAAACCUCUAUAUAAUGAAGUCCUUGGUGUAAUAAAUGAUUUUCUUUCAGUGUUUCAGUUAAUUCUUUCAAGCAUGGGUCAUAUAGGAGACCAUCUGAGCUUGGGUAACCCGGAGCACAUUUUUUUUUGUUAUAUUUAAUGUAGCAUUUAUAUUUUAUCUGUCUGUUCAGGAAGCCUUCUUUGUUGGGUCAUUGAUGAAAACUUUACCAUUACUGACCAUGAACAAAUUUACCUUGGGAACCCCAUGACUACUUGAUUAAUAAGUCAUUAUGUAAUGAUCUGGGGCCAUUUUUUAAUGUUUGACAUAAAGUUGUAGCUCUUUCUUUUACAACUUAUAGGCAUUAAAAUAAUAUUUUUAUUAUGAAGUACUCGAUGAGACUAACAUGUUUUAUUUUUCUACUUACAGGUUGUGAUGAGUAUCUAAAUCUCCCCCCCAUUUUGUCUUUCCAAGCAGUCCCACAGCAGCAGCCAAUGGAUCUGAUGAUAGCAAGUUCAGUGUCACUUUCAGCUACACAAGCAACAAGCUGCACUUUUAAUAAAAAAUACUCUGUUCAUGACAACAGUGGCUUUCAGAGUAGGUGGAGAACCAUCAGCAACAGGUUUUUCAAUCUGACUAUGACAAGUGGGAAUGGCAAAUUUAAUCUUAAUGUAAGAGCUGCUGAUUAUCAUAGUCAAUAAUUUACUGUGAUACCAAAUGCAGUUUAGCUUUAAUUUUAUUUCACUCAAUUUUCAGUAAUGUAAGUUAAGGAUGUGUUACCUGUUUUGUGUUGUUAGGCAAGCAGUGAGGUUUUAGGAUAUACCCAUGUUUUCAAGGGAUUUUGGCUGAUAUACAGUGACACUUGAAAAUCUUCAGAAGUUCCUAUCACACCCUGUUCUAGAAGGCAAUUACAAACUAUGGUUGACAUCACCUUGUUUGGCAAAAAGUUAAAUCAUGUAAUGUUGAGCUGCUCAGUCAUUAACCCCCCCCCCCCAACCAGUUAGUUCAUCAUACAGUUAAAUCUAUAUUAACCCCCCCCCCCCAACCAGUUAGUUCAUCAUACAGUUAAAUCUGAGAAACUACCCACCUUAAGUUUCCCCUCGAUCGCCUAAUAGAUCUUAACAUUUUGCGCUAAUUAAGAAGUGAGUGUUAAUAGGGAAGGGGUAGGUGGGCGUUUUCUCUGCAAUCUAUUACUGAUCUUUAAUUGUCAGUUCAAUCCCUCAUCAGACCACCAACCUGGCUUUUAUGGUGGCUGUGAUUACCACCUUCUUGAUCCAGUUCAGAGGAUCAGGUGAUCAAUAUUUGGUAGCCUUGUCUUGUAAAGCAUCUACGUGUUCUUAUCAAUAAAGGGUUGCAUGCAGUAACUAUAACAAAACAAAUGCAUAACUAACUUGAUCAACACUUUCAUGAACCUUGUGUACAAUAUCAGGUCUCAGCUGUCUUUUAUCUUCUAGUGGAAAGCAGACAGCAAUGGAACACUGUCUGGCAGGAUCAUCCGUAUUCCUAUUACUUGUAGCAAUGCAACAGGUUCAAGCUCAACACCAUGUUUCCUUAUAAAAGCGAAAGGAGCUGUUACUUGUAAGUAUAUUUUCUUUUUAAUUUGUUGGCAACAUCCUAACAGUUUCUUUUAAUUACAGACACAUUUUCUCCAGCUUGGAGUUACCUUUUUUUUUUCAAUGAAAACGUUACCUUAAACAGAAGCAUUUUUCACCAUUAUUUUUCCUGAUAUAAUGUAUAUAUACUGGCGAGUUCAUUAAUUUAAAAUGUACUUGAAUCACUCUUGACAUCAACAGACUAUGAAUUAAUGAUAAUUGUUUAAAGAAAACCAGUACAUACUGAAACCAUUUGUCGUACAACUGACUCUACUCUCACAAGGCCACAACUAUAUGGACUUUUUGUAAUUAAUAACGCCAAGCAAUUAUGUUUCUGUUUUUCUGUCUGUCAGAGUUAUUAUUAAUCUGAAAUGCCCUACCCCUCGGAUCCCUCAAAGUCAAAUGAUUGGACCCAUAGUUGAGAAGGGACAGAUACAUUACCUUCUGGGUGAUCCAUUCAGCAUUUUAUCUUUUUGCAUCAGAGACUACUCAGUUCAAAACACAGAAUUGGAUUUGGGUUUUACCACAGGCAGCCCAAUAGUAUUGGCAUAAAAUUAAAGUAUCUUGUCUGAAAACUCAUGACAACAAAUUUGUUAAUUCUUUCUUUUUACUUUGUCUUUCGUUACAGAUUAUGCCCCACCUACUCCUACGGUUUCAUCAUCAGCUUCAUCAGUCGCAGUAUCUAUGUUGUUUUCUUCAUCGUCAUCAGUGAUAUCACCCCUUCCACCCUCUUUUUCACUAUCUACACAAACAUCAUCAUCAUUAUUAUUGUCAUCAUCAUUGACAUCAUCAACAACUACUAGUCAGUCAUCACUGUCAUCACAUUUACCACUAUCAUCACCAAUAUUGUUCACGUCAUCUACAUUGUCACCAUCACCAUCUUUAAUUGUGAUUCUAAGUACAAUAACAUCGGGAGUUUCACAUUCAGUUUCUUCAUAUUUCCCAUCUGCGCAAAUUCCAACUGCAAAAUUAUAUACCCCAAAAACAUUACCCACAGGAAUCCCAUUUCAAUCCACCAGUGUAGAAGCCAAACCAUCAAAGGUAGGUCUGUGUUAAUUCUCUCCCUAUCAAGGAAACAUAACAUUUAUAUUAUAUAUCGAUCAAUACAUCUAUUUGUCACUAUACAUAAUAGUGACUUGGUAGGAGAGGAUCUGUGACCUCUUGAUCUGUAAGCUGACCUUGUCAAUGAUUAUUAAUUAACCAUACAAAUCAUCAAUGGUGAACCAAAAAUUAAAGGAACAAUAUCCCGUUACUGCGCAUGCACCAAACUUUGAUUUUUGGACAGGGUGUCGCGAAAUCAAAAGCUGCGAGGAGAGUAAAACCAAAAAUUAACCGUUAAAAAUUUUAUUCCCCAUUGGGCAGUCGGAAAAUAAUCGCCUAAUGUAGCACAUACUAGAUAUAUAUACAUAUUUUUUUGUCCCUCUUAGGCCGUUAUAACUGCAGUGUCUUCUACUUCUGCCACCAGUAGUGGCCCAGGUGACAAGGGAACAAAUACGAGUGGAAAUGAUAAUGGCAUUGUUAUUGGUUCUGCUGUGGGUGGUGGUGUAGUUCUUGGAAUUUUGGUCGUCCUGAGCAUUGUGAUUUGUUGGAAACGGAGGAAGCCAGGGUAAUUAGAUGUCUGAAUUAUUUAAAUGACAGUGAUAAGUUGUCUUGUUGACGUACAUCCACAGCCAAGAUUUCAUCUUACUUCCUUUUCCCAUUAUUUCGAUUCUCAUUAGCUGUCACCUCUUUCUUGGGCGGAGCGCCAAGUAAAGGAUUCGCGACAUUCAGGAUUGUCCUGCUAUUUUCACCCUAAAUUCAGUCUACUUUUUGGUGUGAAAUUGGUUAUCACUGUACAUGAAUGAAAAGGCAAAACGCUGUGCACAGGACAUGACUCACCCUUAGACUCACCCUUCUUUGUCUUUCCUUCUCACAUCUGGUAGAAAAUAAAUUGAUUUUUAUAGUGCAACGGAUACGCUGUUUAGAGACAAGGUCUCAAAGGUUUAUUUAAGGUUUCUAAGAUAAUAUGCCUCAUCGAAUAUCGAAGCGCUUAGAAAUAUCACGAUUUUCUUCAUUAUUGUAGAUGGUUGCAUCAUCAAUAUUCAUGAGAUUUUAAUACGUGCGAUUNAACAAAUACGAGUGGAAAUGAUAAUGGCAUUGUUAUUGGUUCUGCUGUGGGUGGUGGUGUAGUUCUUGGAAUUUUGGUCGUCCUGAGCAUUGUGAUUUGUUGGAAACGGAGGAAGCCAGGGUAAUUAGAUGUCUGAAUUAUUUAAAUGACAGUGAUAAGUUGUCUUGUUGACGUACAUCCACAGCCAAGAUUUCAUCUUACUUCCUUUUCCCAUUAUUUCGAUUCUCAUUAGCUGUCACCUCUUUCUUGGGCGGAGCGCCAAGUAAAGGAUUCGCGACAUUCAGGAUUGUCCUGCUAUUUUCACCCUAAAUUCAGUCUACUUUUUGGUGUGAAAUUGGUUAUCACUGUACAUGAAUGAAAAGGCAAAACGCUGUGCACAGGACAUGACUCACCCUUAGACUCACCCUUCUUUGUCUUUCCUUCUCACAUCUGGUAGAAAAUAAAUUGAUUUUUAUAGUGCAACGGAUACGCUGUUUAGAGACAAGGUCUCAAAGGUUUAUUUAAGGUUUCUAAGAUAAUAUGCCUCAUCGAAUAUCGAAGCGCUUAGAAAUAUCACGAUUUUCUUCAUUAUUGUAGAUGGUUGCAUCAUCAAUAUUCAUGAGAUUUUAAUACGUGCGAUUCUACUUAAUGAAACAGUCUUUACGACUUGAUUCUACAAGUGUUAAAAGGGCCUUUACCUAAAUCACUGCAUGGUUACUAAACUUGAUUAUUACUUUUGAUAAACUACUAGUCCCUUCUUUGCAUUUUUUUGUAAUUCUGAAUCUCGACAGGUUAAAAGUUAUUCAUUUAUUCUUUGAAAAAAAUUAAUAAACUGAUACACUUAUUAAUUUACUUUAAUACCCUUGAUUUGUUGCGUAUGUUCUUAAAAUGUUACAUAGUUGUAUAUUUCAUGUAGUUUCAUAUGUUGCAAAUGGGUCUGGAUUUUUAUAGCUCAAUCUUAGUUGAGAUUCCUGAAUAUGCGGACCCAGGCAAUGAGAUCCAGUUGGAAACAACAAACGAAAGUUAUACAUCACCUAUUGCACAGGAUCAACAACCAACAUAUCAAGGCCUGCUCAAUGACAACAGUGAGUUUUUGUCUAUAAUUAUUUCAUCGUGUGCAUCAUACAACUGAUUUCCUAGAGAUCAAUUUGGACUGCAAAGAAAGAAUAUAAUAAAAUUAAACGUUUUCAUCAUUUUUUAUAUCUAAUUAUAUUUUUAAUCGUUUUAAUUUUAAUGUGCUUGUCUUAUUCAGUUAUUAUUGGGCAGAUUUUUUUUAUAGUUUGUAAUUAUCAAACAUAGAUGUAUUUAUUGAGAUGGAAAAGGUUUCUUAGCAUAUACAUGUAGAAGAAAUGUGAAACUGACGUGAUUAGGGUAAAUACGAUGCCUGCAUUGGCUACGCUGCUUUAAUAAUAGCCAACCCCAUUAAAAUCCCAUAAUUAUGUUCUUUUCAAAGCCAGGGCACUCAGUUCAUGUUUACUCCAACCUAAAGGAGAUUGAGUAUAUCUCUACUUGCAAUAUUGCAGCCGUUAUUGAAACCCGCCCUUCCCAGUUACCUAAUAUAUUUCUCUCGUUCCCCCGAUUCUUAAAAUUUAACAGGCUUCCUCCCCCGAGCUUCGGGAGGUUCUGAGAUACGCCUAUUUCAAGUUAUCAGUGAUAAAGAGGUGCCUAGAAGAAAGCCGUUAGUGACUUAGGAGGGACUUUUGUGCAAACCCCAUAAUAACAUUUCCCCCCUGAUUUCUUUGCUAGGGAAAAGCAACGUGGCAGCAAGAUACAACAGUGCUGAAAGUAACUAUGAGAACUGCCCUGUGUACCAAACCCUAAACGAGAAGAAUCCUGGGACACCUGUGUACCAGUUACCUGUGUACCAAUCUAAUGGUCAGCCAACUAACUCCGGCAAUGAGAUCCAGUUGGAAACACCAAAAGCAAGAAUGUCACCUAUUGCACAGGAAGACCAAUCAACAUAUCAAGGCUUGCUUAAUGAAAACAGUGAGUUUAUGUCUAUGAUAAUUGCAUCGUAUGUACCAUGCAACUGAUUUUCUAUCAAUUUGGAUUGUCAAGAAAACAUAGUGAUAUGAAUAAUAAAAUUAUGUCACAUGAAUUUAUCUUUAAUGAGUAUAUGAAAUAAAUGACCUAAUAAUCACCAGUUAUUCUUGGUUUGCAACCAAGUGACAAGGCGGCCAUGUUGGUGGUCAAUACGGUAGAAUUUUUUUUUUCACAAAGAAUUUACAUGGAAAUGGAUAUUUCUUUCCAGAGGAGAGAAUCGCUUUGUUCUUGACCACCAAGAUGGUCAACGUUACAUUACGUGCAAACCAGCCAUUGCAUCUACUAAAUUGUUACAAAUUUUAAAAGGGCAUCAACACAGAUAAGAGAUUAGUGUACGUAGGAGCUGCUCACAAGGUCUCUCCUAAUUGGUCGCAGGAAACAAUGAUAUUUUAUUCUUUCAAUUGUUUUAGUAUUGUUUGGGGUCAGGGUGAGGCACCAUUGGUGACUUCUCUUCCGAGCAGCUACUAUACAUUACUCAGAUAAGAGGGUGCAUUUAACGUAAUUUAUUUUGAUGUUGCGCAAAUUAAUGUACGAAUAUAUACAUAAACAACUGUGCAUGCAUUCAUAAAAAUAUUAUUAUUAGUUUGGUUAAUAAAAACUGUAAUAUUGUGCUCUGUUGUUGCUUUUAUGGAAACCCAUAUGUUUUAUGGUCCUUUUGCUGAAUUUUUAAUGUCGGCGAUUACUCUUAAAUUUUGCAGAAGGGCAUUUCACCAUUUGCACCACAACUGAAAUUUCAAAGAAGUGUUCAUAAAUGAAUGGGUCAUUGAAAAUUUAGCACAAGUUAUAUUCGUUUGCUGAUUCAGCUCUAUGUCACUGGCGUGGAUUCGCCCUUCUGGUACUGAAUAAGCUUGUCUCUUUUCUAGGGCAAAGUAACUUGGCAGCAACAUACAACAAGGCUGAAGGUAGCUAUGAGAACUGCCCUGUGUACCACACCCUAAACAAAAAGAAUCCUGGGACACCUGUGUACCAGACACCGGUGCACCAGUCUAAAGGUCUACCAGAGGGUGCUUCGACAGGGAUUAAUGAGGAA